UCCGUGGAAACGAUUCACCUAAUAAUGGUUGAUCAUACUGAAACUUCAAAUGCAAAUUUAGAAGAUAUUACCAAAGCAUUAGAAGAUAUGAACAGUUUAGAUAUGGAAUUAUUUAAUGACGCGUUUAAAAAAUCGAAAUCUACGAGUAUUUUCAAAGAUUCUAAUAUACAAUUGGAGGGAGAAAUUAAAAAGAAAGUUAUAUUUAAAGAUUCUAAUGAAGAAGAGCUGUUAACUGGUUUGUUACUUGAUGAAAAUACUUCCUUAAAAGAAAAGAAAAGUUUAUUUACAUCUGGUAACAAAAGUAGUCUGAUGGAAGAUCUUUUCAAGAUUAAAAGUCCAAUUACAUCUACAACAAGUAUUAAGUCAAGUAAUGAGAUGGAGUCAAAAUUUAAUUUUGAGCAAGGAGAAGUUAAUCAGUUGUUUUCACAAAACUCAAACAGUUACUCAAAUUCUAAGAGUAAUUUUGAUGCAUCACAAACUGAAUUAGUGAAAGAAAAAAAUGUACAAAAAUUGAAAAAUGUAUCUAAAAAUGAAGAGGAUAUUUUAGGAAGUUUAAUUGAUAAGUCAGGUGUAUUAGAUAAUAAACCAAGGAGAUCAUCCUUGCGAGAAACUUUAUUUGAGAAUAAAUCUUAUUUAUCCAAUGCUAUGAAUUCCAUCAUUCCUAAAAAUAUUAAGAAAAUGGAAUUGGAAAAUAUAAUACAAUCUGCAAACAUUGUACAAGAAUCAAAAUCUGUUCCUACUGAUUCAUCAACCAAACUUGUUACAAGAGAAUCUCGUAGAGGUAGAAGAAGUACAAAAAUUGUAAAUGACCCCCUUGGUUUACUGUCUGCUGAUUUAUUGCCUGACCAAAAUCUUGAGUUGCUAACUAAUGAAAAUGUGUCAACUAAAGAAUUUGUUAUGCAAAAUGUUAAAACAGAAAAAAAUUUGCCAGAAUGGUUAGGUGGUUCGAAAAAAUUGGAGGAUAAAGCAUUGGAAGCAAAAAGUGAAGAAGCUACAAAAAUUGACAAAGUAUCUACUUCUAAGCACAAUACUGAAAUUCAUGAUGUCAUGAAUAAUAGUGCAAUAGAUUCAAAAACAGUUAAUGUAAAUUAUUCAGAAGCUGCAUCUAUUUUUCCAGAACAUUUUUCACUGUUGCUUGGUACGCAAUUAAAUCAACAGAAUGCACUUAUGAAUAUGCAACAACAAGAACAUGAAUUAAGAACAGCAACAAUACUUUCUCAACAAAAUGAACAAUUAGGAACAGUAUCAAAUACUCAACAUUCCAUGCUCUGUAAUCAAGAAGAACAAUUUAAUGCUCUCUUAAAAUUACAAUUUGAAAGACAAGCUUUACUAGAAAAACAAAUAAAAAUGCAACAAGAACGCAUUAAUCAGUAUAUUCAUGCAUUAAUGACACAACCUAUUUCAAUAUCAAAUAUUAAAUCUGUUUAUACGAACUAUAAAUCGGAAUCUAAUGAAAAAGAAAAAGAGUUUACAAAUGAAAAAGAAGAAAUGGAAAACAUAAUACAAAAAUUACGAGUAGAAAAAGCAGAAUUAGAAAGUAAAUUAUCUAUAACAAAUGAAAAACACAAUGAUGAAAUAACAUUUCAAGCAGAAUUCUAUGAAAGGCAAAUUUCAUUUUUAAAAGAAGUAAUAAGAAAAUCAGAAGACAAAGUUAAACAAGAAGUAGAGUAUUUAGAAACAGAAUACAUAACAAAAUUGGAAAGAUUAAGAGAUGAGAAAUUGCAAAUAGAAAAGCAAUACAAAGAAGACAUUCAUAAUCUAAAGAAUGAACAUGCUCAACAUAUAGAAGAAUUUUGUAAAUUACAUUCUGAAAAUGUAAAACUUCUUCAAAAGGAAUAUUCUAAUGUAAUAGAAAAUAUAUCUAAAGCUAAGCAAACAGAGGAUCAUAUGGUACAAACUGUGGCAAAUCGAAAGACUGAUAUAGAUAAUGUGUUGCAAAAAGCCAAUUAUAUAAUUGAAAAUAUAGUAGAAAAUAAAAAACAAUUAGAAAUUAAACAUAAUGAAAUAAAGGUAUUUCAAGAAAAUACUUUAAAAAUACAUGAAGAUAUUGUAGAAGCACAGAAAUUUGAAUUAAAACAUCAAAACAGUAUCUUGGAAGAACAUCAUAAUAGAUUUGUAGAAACAACAGAGAAAUUAGAUAUUCGUCUUACACAACUUAUAAUUGAACUUCAAAAACAAAAUACAUUGUGUAAUGAAGCACAUGUAACACUUGAGAAAAAAGUAACAAGUCUUUUACGAGAAAGAGAAUUAUUUGAAGAAAAAAUGAAAUGGGAAAGGGAUUACAUACAGACGUUAAAGGAAUCUUGGAUAAAAGAACAAGAAAAAUAAGUAAAAUUAUUUCUAGAAGAAAAAAAAGCAAUAGCAGCAGAAAAAUCACAAUUAGAAGUUUUAAGUAAAUUAAAAAGUAAUAGUGGUGAAAUUGCAAAAAUAGAGUUGGAAGCUGCUAUUAAAACUGCACAAGAGGCGACUGCCUCUGCCAAUCGAGAAAAAUUAAAAUGGCGAGAAAAAAUUAAUGAGCUUAAUAUUCAUAAACAAGUUCUACAAGAUAAAGAAAAUUUACUUAUUUUACGCGCCAAAGAACUUGAAAACCUUACACAGUCUGCUUUAUCUAAAAAGGAAGAAGCAAGAAAAGCUUUACAAAAUGCAAAAUAUUUAGAUAAUCAAAAUAAAGAAAGAUUUAAUCAAUUACAAAUACAAAUUCAGGCAUUAAUGGAAAGAGAAAAAAGAGCUGCUACAGAAAAAUACAAUGUUACAAAAGAUAGAAUGACUUCAUUGGCCUACAAAGCUGAAAAACCAGAAAGAGAUAUUAGUGUUUCAUAUAAUGGUCAAAAUGAUAUGUUACCAAUACUUGAUGUACAGGCAGAACCUGAAAUCACUACAGAACUGAUGGUAUACAUACAUAUAUACAUUUACAUAUUUGAAGCAAUACUACAUAACUUUUAA